AUGCAAAAUCAGACCAGCAGGGGCAUCAACGCUUGCCUGAGCUGUCGCAGAUCAAAAUCCAAGUGUAUCAGCUCUAAUCAAGACGGCCCGUGUGAUAGAUGCACCAAGAAGGCCCUUGAAUGCGUCUUUGAAGGCGUCAUAAAGAGACGCGGAAAAGAUCGCAAGCCAAGAGCUAGCGCUAAGCGGAUUGAAGCUGCCAAACAAGCAGCAAUGUCUGCUGCAGCAUCCUUCGAGAACCAAGAGAUGGCUUUGUCUAGGCCAAGUACUAGUGGGACGACGUAUUCUGACACGGAUUACGAAGAAACCGAUCACGACGACAAUGAACCAACGUUACCGCAUCCGUUUUUCAAGUCAAGAAAUAGCAAUGAUGCGAAUAUACUGUACACUAGCAACUUUCCUGAGUUUGCAUACCAGACGUCGUACAAUGCGACCUCCACUUCGCCUCCACUUCUUCUUCAUCCAGAUCGAAAUUACCAGCAGAACACGUAUUGGGAUUACUUGAUUGGUGAAAAAAUGAGUGAGUCUCGGCUGGAUAGAAAUACGACUCUUAAAGUUAUUGCUGCCGACCUGUCACUAGUCUUUCAAAGAGGUGACUUCAUCGCAACAAUGUUUCACCUACCUAGCUUCUUCGAAGUAAUUAUGAACUCAAGAAAGAGAGGCGCUAUUGAGCCAGCGCUUAUAUAUGCCCUUCUGGCAAUCUCGUAUGUUUUUAAAGGUAGAUGCGACCAAACUUUUGCUACCGAGUCGAAACUCAAGGCUCUGAAUUACGCUGAGAGGUCACAUAGCCACCUAAUGUCAGCUAUCAGCACUAGCAAUAUAUCUCUAGGCUUGGCGCAGGCUGCAGUUUGUCUGCAGUAUUAUGAGUUUCUUCCAAAGCCCCUCUUUGAUGUACAACGGUUGGGUGCCAGCUUGACAAUUGCUGAUACAGUCAUCAGAACACUCGGACUGACUACUCUCGAUGCUGACAAAGUGCUUUACGUUCUUGAUGACGACGCUGUACCGAUUAAAACGGCAGAUUUGGAUCAGCCAGCACAACCGGAACCGCUAACCCCAGUAUCAGAAUCGCACUCGUUUUCGCAAAUUGAAGAGAUAUCAACGCAGCUGGACUGCCCAUGUAUGAAGUGGACUUACAAUGAGCAAUCAACGCAAAAGAAGGAAGGUAUCAGGUUUCGGUUUUUAGCUAGGUUCGCAUUAGACGAGUCAGAUGAGAAUAUGGUGAAAGCUGAGGAGAUUAGAAGAGUGGUAUGGGGCGCGCUCAACCAAAGCUGGUACCAGCAAAUGUUUCAGCCAACACUCAACCCUCUUUACAUUAACGACAGCUCCAACUACGGUAUUUUUCUGACUUCCGAGCACUUCGUUGCUAAUCUUCCAGAUCAAUAUGAGCGAGAUUGGUCAAGGCGCACUAUGUAUGCAUUGCUAGAUCGAGGCAAGCUGCUGUGUCAUGGCGCUAUGAGAUUGCGACUACCGCCACUGGAUUUUCAUUUGAGAGCGCUGAAAAUAAUCCAAGAGGCUGACAAUAUUGAGGCGGAGCUGGGUAAACACACUUGCCAUAACGGUAUACCUCGAUGGCAAGUUUCAAAUGCCCUCUUCAUCACAAAGCUAGUGCUCACCGCAAAGCUGAAACGCAUGAAUGACUCUAGAAUAAGACAAAGAGGAUACUUCACCAGAAUACAAGCAAAGAAGUGGCUUGAAGAUCAUUCUUACAUCUAUAGGCAGUUCAUCGGAGGCAGUAUACGUGAUGCUCCAAUGAUUCUAGGUGUGUUAUCAGUACAAGCUUUGCGAUGUCUUGAUUUAUUUGGACUCGAUUCUGAUCUAGUACUGGCGCUAUAUGUUGCGAGGGGUAUCUUAGGAGCAAUUGAGCAGCUACUCGAAUAUCAUCCAUGUGACGCUCCAGCCGUUCAAAUAACACUCGAAAAGAUCCGAAACUCAUGCAAUUUUGAAUCCGAAAGUGUGAAGAGAGCGUUUAAGCCGCCACACCCUCCACCGCAUCCACCUACAGUUGAAGAGCUGGAAAAAUACAUGGAAGAACACAAUCAAAGUUGUCACGCAUCCAAUCCAUCCAUCGAUGAGGUAGAUAUCAUUCAAUAUUCAAGUCAAUACGGCUGA